GCAGACGGCGCUUGCAGCGCACCCGGCCCCCAGGCGGCGCGGCUGGUCCCCAGGGGUCUGCGGGCGACUGCGCGGCUGAGGCGCCCGAGUGCGGUACCUGCAGCGGGCAGCCAUGGCGGAGGCCGCGUCGCCGCACUUGUCGCUGCCCUCGGGGCUGCUGGAGCUGUGCGCGCUGCUGGGCGCCCCCCGGGACAGUCUCCGAAGCCUCGAGCAGGUUGCUUAUAAAAAGGGAGUCAAACAUCUUUCUGCUCUUCUUGAUCCAGAGGUCCUGUCCAUUUUCGUGCCUCCUUUUAUCAGUAAAGAGGACAGUCAAACGGCCGGUGCCAACUGCGGCACUCUCGGUAAAACCCGGAUGCGCUCCUUGAGAAAGAAGAGAGAGAAGCCCAGACCAGAGCAGUGGAAGGGCCUCCUGGGGCCCCCCAGAGCGUCAGAGCCUGAGGAUGUCGCCGUCCCGGGCGGCGUGGACCUCCUCACCCUGCCCCAGCUGUGCUUCCCAGGGGGUGUGUGCGUGGCCACUGAACCUAAGGAGGAUUGCGUCCACUUCCUGGUGCUGACCGAUGUCUGCGGGAAUAGGACCUACGGCGUGGUGGCCCAGUACUACCGGCCCCUGCAUGAUGACUACUGUUUCUACAAUGGCAAAACGCACCGGGAGUGUCCUGGCUGCUUUGUGCCCUUCGCGGUGUGCGUGGUCUCCAGGUUCCCCUAUUACAACUCCCUCAAGGACUGCCUUUCCUGUUUAUUGGCUCAUCUGAAGCCCUGUAAAGAUUUUGAAGUGGACAGUCAUAUAAAAGAUUUCGCUGCGAAGCUGUCUUUAAUACCCAGCCCGCCACCUGGACCGCUCCAUUUGAUCCGUCCAUUACGCUCGUUUCCUGGAGCUUUGGGUGCCGAGCUGGGCACCCAGCAUUUCCUGAGGGCCUCCCACGUGCCAGCACCCGGGUGGCAGGAACUCGUUGUUUGCAGCCCAUUUCCUGGCAGGCUCAGAAGCCCUCCCUCAGUGAAGGAACUGAAGCUUCUCCUCUGGAUUUCCUCCACCAGGUCCAGCCGUGUCUCAGUAGCCAUUCUGUGAAUACAGAAUUUGAACUGAAGUGUGACUUCAAAGUAUUUAACAUGAAGUCGCUCCAGAUUGUGUUACCUGCCCGAGCAGACCUCGAAAGCCCCAUCCUGGACCUGGACCUUCACCUGCCCUUGCUGUGCUUCCGGCCUGAGAAGGUGCUACAGAUCCUGACAUGCAUCCUGACGGAACAGCGGAUCGUCUUCUUCUCCUCGGACUGGGCUCUGCUGACGCUGGUCACCGAGUGCUUCAUGGCCUACCUGUAUCCGCUGCAGUGGCAGCACCCCUUCGUGCCCAUCCUGUCGGACCAGAUGCUGGAUUUCGUCAUGGCCCCCACGUCCUUCCUGAUGGGCUGCCAUCUCGACCACUUCGAAGAAGUCAGCAAGGAAGCCGACGGUUUAGUUCUGAUAAAUAUUGAUCAUGGGAGCAUCACCUACUCCAAGUCCACGGAUGAUAACGUGGACAUUCCUGAUGUCCCCCUCCUGGCAGCCCAGACGUUUAUUCAGAGGGUGCAGAGCCUCCAGCUCCACCAUGAGCUGCACGCCGCCCACCUCCUCUCCAGCACAGACCUGAAGGAGGGCCGAGCCCACCGGCGGUCCUGGCAGCAGAAACUUAACUGCCAGAUACAGCAGACCACCCUGCAGCUGCUUGUGAGCAUCUUCAGGGAUGUAAAGAAUCAUUUAAAUUAUGAACACAGAGUCUUUAAUAGUGAAGAAUUUCUCAAAACCAGGGCUCCAGGGGACCAUCGGUUUUAUAAGCAGGUCUUAGACACCUACAUGUUCCAUUCUUUUCUUAAAGCCCGGCUCAAUAGGAGGAUGGACGCCUUUGCUCAGAUGGACCUCGACACCCAGUCGGAGGAGGACAGAAUAAAUGGAAUGCUUCUAAGUCCAAGGAGACCGACCGUUGAGAAAAUAGCCUCCCGGAAGUCCUCGCACCUGUGUGUCACCCACAGGCGCAUGGUGGUCAGCAUGCCCAACCUGCAGGACAUUGCCAUGCCUGAGCUGGCACCCAGGAACUCCUCGCUCCGGCUGACGGACACCGCAGGCUGUAGGGGCAGCAGCGGAGUUCUGAAUGUCACGCCGAAGUCCCCAUAUACAUUCAAGAUUCCCGAAAUCCACUUUCCGCUGGAGAGCCAGUGCGUGCAGGCAUACUAUACCCGCUUUGUCUCCAUGCUGAGCGAGGCCAUGUGCAUUCUGGCCCCCGAUAACUCUCUGCUCCUGGCCCGCUAUUUGUACCUCCGAGGGCUCGUUUAUCUGAUGCAGGGACAGCUGCUGAACGCCCUCUUGGACUUCCAGAAUCUGUAUAAAACAGACAUACGGAUCUUUCCCACUGAUUUGGUGAAGAGGACGGUGGAAUCCAUGUCUGCCCCUGAGUGGGAGCGGGCUGAGCAGGCGCCGGAGCUGAUGAGGCUCAUCAGCGAGAUCCUGGACAAGCCGCACGAGGCCUCGAAGCUGGACGACCAUGUGAAGAACUUCAAGCUGCCCAAGAAGCACAUGCAGCUGGGCGACUUCAUGAAGCGGGUCCAGGAGUCAGGGAUCGUGAAGGACGCCAGCACCAUACACCGGCUGUUCGAGGCCUUGACUGUAGGACAGGAGAAACAAAUCGACCCAGAAACAUUCAAAGAUUUCUACAACUGCUGGAAGGAGACGGAAGCAGAAGCCCAGGAGGUCAGUCUGCCGUGGCUGGUGAUGGAACACCUGGAUAAAAACGAGUGUGUGUGUAAGUUGUCCAGCUCCGUCAAGACAAACCUAGGCGUUGGCAAGAUCGCCAUGACCCAGAAGCGCCUGUUCCUCCUAACCGAAGGAAGGCCAGGCUACUUGGAGAUUUCCACCUUCAGAAAUAUAGAGGAGGUCAAGAGAACCAGUACUGCGUUUGUACUUCGGAGAAUACCCACUUUAAAAAUCAGAGUGGCGUCCAAGAAAGAAGUCUUCGAAGCCAACCUGAAAACCGAGUGUGACCUUUGGCACCUGAUGGUGAAGGAGAUGUGGGCUGGGAAGAAGCUGGCCGAUGACCACAAGGACCCUCACUACGUCCAGCAGGCGCUGACCAACGUCUUGCUGAUGGACGCCGUCGUCGGCACACUGCAGUCACCAGGCGCCAUCUACGCUGCCUCCAAGUUAUCCUACUUUGAUAAGACGAGUAACGAAAUGCCCAUGACGCUUCCGGAGACAACCCUGGAAACACUGAAGCAUAAAAUCAACCCCUCGGCGGGAGAGGCGUUCCCACAAGCGGUGGAUGUGCUGCUCUACACUCCGGGGCAUCUUGACCCAGCCGAGAAAGUUGAAGAUGCUCACCCCAAGUUAUGGUGUGCUCUGAGCGAGGGCAACGUGACCGUGUUCGAUGCCUCUUCGUGGACCAUCCACCAGCGCUCCUUUAAAGUGGGCACUGCCAAAGUGAACUGCAUGGUGAUGGCCGACCAGAACCAGGUGUGGGUUGGCUCGGAAGACUCCGUCAUCUACAUCAUCAACGUCCACAGCAUGUCCUGCAACAAGCAGCUCACAGCCCACUGCUCCAGUGUCACGGAUUUGAUUGUGCAGGACGGACAGGAGGCACCCAGUGACGUGUACUCGUGCAGCAUGGACGGCACGGUGCUGGUGUGGAAUGUGAGCACGCUGCAGGUGACCAGCCGCUUCCAGCUGCCGAGAGGUGGCCUGACGUCCAUCAGACUGCACGGCGGCCGCCUGUGGUGCUGCACAGGUAACAGCAUCAUGGUCAUGAAAAUGAAUGGAUCCCUCCAUCAAGAAUUGAAGAUUGAGGAGAACUUCAAAGACACCAGUACCUCCUUCCUGGCCUUCCAGCUCCUUCCUGAGGAGGAGCAGCUGUGGGCGGCCUGUGCAGGACGCAGCGAGGUUUACAUCUGGAGCCUGAAGGACCUGGCCCAGCCCCCGCAGAGGGUGCCCCUCAAGGACUGCUCUGAGAUCAACUGCAUGAUCCGGGUGAAGAAGCAGGUCUGGGUGGGCAGCCGAGGGCUGGGGCAGGGAACACCCAAGGGGAAAAUCUACGUGAUUGACGCCGAGAGGAAGACCGUGGAGAAGGAGCUGGUGGCGCACAUGGACACCGUGAGGACGCUGUGCUCGGCUGAGGACAGAUACAUGCAACAUUUUUAUAAUCAUCCUAGAGACCUUUUUUCUACCAAAGAUUCCAGACCAGAAAAAGUUCCAUCUAAAAUAUCAUGCCCAGGAAAGCACAUGGGAUCAAAAGUAAAACAGCAUCACGUGUGAUCUCGUCUUCCAGCGUGCCGCUCAGUUCCCCGAAUCCGUGUGCACACGUGUGAUCUCGUCUUCCAGCGUGCCGCUCAGUUCCCCGAAUCCGUGUGCACACGUGUGAUCUCGUCUUCCAGCGUGCCGCUCAGUUCCCCGAAUCCGUGUGCACACGUGUGAUCUCGUCUUCCAGCGUGCCGCUCAGUUCCCCGAAUCCGUGUGCACACGUGUGAUCUCGUCUUCCAGCGUGCCGCUCAGUUCCCCGAAUCCGUGUGCACACUGCGUAUGUGUACGCGCAGCAUGCUCUACUGAACUCAACAAGAUCUUAGCUGUACAUAAAUAUUUGCAAAAGAGACCCUUUGCACCUUUUUACUGUAAUGUUGAGAUUUCAUUACUUAAAUGUUCUAUGGAAGGUUCUGGUGUGGUUGUUGGAGCCGGAGGGAGCGUGUCAGCACGUGCUGAGGACAUGGGGCCUGCCCCCUGGGCACCCAUCCACAAGCUGGGCCACGGAGCCCCAGCUUCUCAGGACAAAGCCCCAGGGCCGGCGCAUCCUGAGGGUCUCUGGGGGUGUUUGCCAGGCUCCUGGGAUGGGCCGCUUUCAGAAGCUCUGCAGUGCCUCCAGAUGGAAAGGCGGGCCCGGCCUCCGGUUGGGUCUGCAUUUUGGAGAGUCCACACCACGGACCAGGUUUUCCCCCAAGGCUUGGCUUUGCAUAGCCACUAACUUCUUGGGGCGUUCUGAGAGUGCGGGCGGAGAGAAUUAUGUGGCCUCAUCCUCCCCCAAGGCUGUGCUUGCAGCCCGGGCACCUUCCCACUUUCUAGCUGCGGAGAGGUUGGAUUUUGCUUUUGUAAACACAUGAAUCCUUAUGAUAAAAGUCUGUCAGAAAUACAUUUAUAAAUUAUUUAAUGCCAGUCCUCAUGUAACCUCAGGUAUCUUCAGCUUGUGGAGAAUAAAUCUGGUUUAAUAAA